AGUAUUCAUUCUUCUUCCAGUCAAGACGCGAGGAUCAGGUUAGGCAGGUCGGAUUGACAGUAGAGAGCGGAAACGGCAUUUUGUUGGAACUUGUAAAUGAAGGUUAACUUUGUCGCGAACUUAGUGAAGUCUGUGGACAAGAUCGAAGGCAAUGCCACAGCAAAACUGUCAACAAGAUCUCCGUAUUGGUUUACAAGUCUCGCGGUGAAUUAACCAGGGACAAACAUGGCUCGCGUUCCGGCAGACGUGUGUUUUUCUUCGUGGUGAACCUACCUCUUUCUCUCUCGUUCCUUGUCCCUGCCUCUGUUUCGCCAGGCAGGGAUUCUCAACUUCGGGAGUGGUAAUAUUCACGCAAGUACGUAAUGCAUACACCUAUUGUAAUGUGCGUAUCAUACGGCUUAACGUAUAUUAAUAUACACACGGUAAGGGAAGAGGAGCUUCCCUCUUGUUAGUAUGCAAGUGCCGUUUCGAUGCCCCUUACGUGGCCUUAUUUGCACUCGUGUACAAUCGGCGCGCGAAACGAAUCAAAAUGACCGUUCUCCUUUUCGCAUGAUUUUUUUUGGAAUAUAUGCUUAACCCAUGUAAGUACGUUUUAAUUUUCAACCAUUCGCAGUAAAAUAUUAUGUGUCCUUGUGUAUUUCUCUUACUCUUGUUCAUCGUGAAUGUGUGUGUGUGCGUGUAACGGUGCAGUAAAUGGCGGAGGAUGUAAAAGGGCUUUCCUAGUCUACGAUGUGCCAGCAAAGAAUUAUCGGUAUUGUCGUUUCCCUGACAUAACCGCCGUUACUUCCCCUCGUUCGUAGUUUCAGAAGAACGUGAAAGAGGAAUAAUGGUUCAAUCGAGAGGAAAGUAAAAUCCUGCCGUCAUCCUGGCGCGUGGCAAACCAGGCCAAAGGCCUGGAUCCUCAUCCUCCUCGUCCUCGUCCACGGAGAGGUUGCAAAGGAUGCCAGGACCGGCACAAGAGAGGCCCCGUGCGCAACGACUCACCGAUAUCGAGCCUCAAACUGCAAAAUACACCAAUCAGCUCUGGCAGCAACAUGAGCAGUAUAGCAAGGUUUCCAAAAUUGGACGAGUGUGCCCACUUUCAUUACGAACAUGUUGAACUCAGUUCUUUGGAGGUUUCGCUUAGCGAGGGUACCAAUGAUUCAGACAGCUACGCGGUCAGAGUAACAUCCGGGGACGCAUGCUGGACGUUGCAGCGAUCAUACGAUAAUUUUGUUAUGUUCGACAAGCAAUUGCAUCGGUGCAUAUUCGACAGGAAGUUCUCUUCCUUAACCAAGCUUCCAGAUACACGGCCAAAAAACACCUGUGAUAUACUGAGGGACUAUUUGAACAGGUUCUCCCAGUUAAAUCAUGAAGGCCUAAAUUGCGGUCCUGUGUUAAAUUGGUUGCAGCUAGACAAUAGGGGAAGAAGAAUCCUCGUCCCAGAGUCAGAUUCAUGCCCCAUUAAUACUCCUGCAGUAGCCGCGGCUUAUGCUGUUAGACCUUACGUAGCUCAGGCGCCGGAUGAAAUCUCGUUUCAGGUUGGAGAUAUGAUUUCGGUGAUAGAUAUGCCCCCUCCAGGGGAGAGUACAUGGUGGCGUGGGAAGCACGGAUUUGCAGUCGGUUUUUUCCCGGCCGAAUGUGUGGCUGUGAUCGGGGAUAAAGUGCCACGGCAUCUCACCGUGUCGACGACAGUUAGAUCAAAGUUACCCGUGAAACCGGUGCUCAGAAAGCACGGGAAGCUAAUCGCCUUUUUCAGAUCGUUUAUAUUGAAUAGACCGUCUAGAAGACGAUUGAAGCAGUCAGGAAUUCUUAAGGAACGUGUAUUUGGUUGUGAUUUAGGGGAACAUCUUUUAAAUUCUGGUCAAGAUGUGCCUACUGUUUUAACGUGCUGCGCUGAAUUCAUCGAGAAUCAUGGCCUGGUGGAUGGUAUAUAUCGUCUAAGCGGCGUGACAUCGAACAUUCAGAGAUUACGAAACGCGUUCGACGAGGAUCGUGUUCCUGCAUUGCAUUCCGAUGAAAGUAUUCUACAAGAUAUUCAUUCUGUCGCCUCGUUGUUGAAAAUGUACUUCAGAGAGCUACCGAAUCCGCUCUGUACGUACCAGCUUUAUUCCACUUUCGUUAGCGCGGUUCAAGCUAGUACCGACGCGGAAAGAUUGAGGCGGAUGAGGGAUACCGUUAGAAAAUUACCACCACCGCACUACAGAACGUUAGAAUAUCUUAUGCGACAUUUAGUGAGAGUCGCAGCUCGAGGAGCGGAGACUGGUAUGACGCCGCGUAACGUUGCGAUUGUUUGGGCUCCGAAUCUCUUAAGAUGCAAGGAAUUGGAGGUUGGGGGCGUAGCCGCGUUGCAAGGCGUCGGUGUGCAGGCUGUGGUCACGGAAUUUUUGGUCUGUUACGCCGAAUUGAUUUUCGGAGACGGCCCGGUCGGAAGGCCGAAAUCAUUGGCCAUUACAACACCGGCGAGAUUGCUUAGUUUGGAAGAGGCUCGAAAUCGUAGCCUGAGAGGUGAGCCUGAUUACGUGGAAGUGGGCGCUGGUCCAGCCGGGUUACCAUUACAUUACCAUACGGUCAUAGAAUUACCGCGAAAGAGAAAUGGCUCGAAACGUUCACCCUCGUUGAACUGGAGAGCUUUGUUCGGUCGAGGUGGUUUGGGUGCCAGAGGAAAAACAAGACAAGUUGGCACGCCACCUCAAACAGAAACGGUGCCAAGUUCCUUAAACUCCUUACGACGAUUAAGACCAGUGAAAAGCGCAGACAGUUUGGAUGGUGAGGACAGUUUAGGUCCUCUGCUGGGACCGCCACCAGCUAGACCUUGCGGGCAUAGUCGAUCAGUUUCGCAUGAUUCCUAUUUCGAUCAUUUAGCAGACGCACCGAAUACCGCGUCGCCGUUGGAUUUGUCGGAAAUACAGCUUAACUUCGACUUGGAGGAACGAGAAAUGCGAAUGUUCUCGGAGGAGGAGAGUGGGGGAGUUGCAUCGGUGGAAGCAUCUCCUCGACGGCAAAGAACGGAAGGAACGCAGAAUAUAGCCGCUACCGGUGGAUCCAAGAGGAAGAGAUCGCGAUUAGAGGAAAGACUGCAAUGCGACGUUGAGUUGCGCUUCAUUGAUAGCCAAAGUCCUGAUCAGGUGAUGGUAUCUGCAGAUAUUCAUAGCAUGGAUACUCCAUCUCCUUUGCCAACACCAGGGUACCUACCGUUAUUAUCCGAAGCUUCAACCCCGCUCACACCCGCUACACUACACGGAACACCGCAUUCUACGUCACCUGUACCAGCUAACAGUCCUAGGAUAAGUUUCCGAAGUUUCACUUUACCUUUAGAAAUCGAUGACGAACAAAGUAACGCGAAUAAACUGAACAGAACUAGCGUGUCUUCCGAUAAAUCAUCCGACCCUAGUCAUAGGUUAUCUGUAAACUUAGAAGGGCAGAGUAAUGCUAAAUCCUGUGAGAGAAUAAUGGCAUACGACAAGCACAUAGAUUUGUACGAUGAUAAAGAGCCUUCCAAGACUCAAAAGACUUCGAAGGAAACAAACUUAGUUGUAUCGGAUGUAGUCGACCAAGAAAUGAUGCCUUGCGAGAGGCUAAUGUCUCAUCCUAGCGAGAUAGACUCUAGUAAAGUAACAACGUCUAUUUGUAAGGAUAUAGAAAAUAGAUCAAGCUCGUGUCCCGUUGAAGAUAAUAAAUCUCGUAGCGGAGACACCAGAGAUACGUUGGACGUGCGAAAACACGAUGUACCGAUGAACAAAUCGAUCGUUUCGCAAAACGACGAUUUGGCUGCUAUGGCUGGAAAUUCAAACGCACAUAGGAACGAAUUACCAGGACUGCCAUUAUCCAGCGCAACAGAUCUCGAUUCUCCGAUGUCAUGCGAACAAACGAUCGAGGAUUUGCCCGAUUCCGGUUUUGUGAUUUGUGAUAACUCCGACAAGAUAUUUACAAACACAGAAACAUCACAGAUGAUAUCCAACACUAACGAUUCCGGUGAGUGGGUGAUAGUAGAGACAACCGGUUCGAUUACGACACCUACGAGCGAAUCAAGUAGCUCUAAGGAUCCUUUAGAAGGCACCGUGAAUAAUGCGAUUGCAACGGAUGCACCGCAACUAAGAUCGAUAUCGGAAAAUGUUUCCAGAACUUCUUUGGAUCUCACUAUGGGUUCAACUGUGGAUACUGAUACGUCUUGCAUCGGCGUCAGUGACUUGACCGAAAGUCCCGUUCUUCCUCAGGAAUCGGCUGAAAUGACAUUCGACGUUGCUGAUAAUAGAGAACUCGAGGAACAUGAUGUUAACACGGUACAAAGAACUUCUAGAGUUUUCGAUGAUCAAACAAAUUUUGGAGUGGUUGAUUCUGGGAAUAAUUUUUCAAAUAUCGUGCAUUCGCCUGUACAAGAUCAAGAUAAUGGAAAUCAGAAGAUACGUACCGUUAGUAUGGCGGAUAUUCAUUUAAAUCAAAAAUCUAAUGAAAUGGAGCAUGAAAACAACGCUUGUUACACGCAAUUAGAUAACACUAAAGCGUUCAAUAGAAAUGAGAAUCCAGUGAAGGAACAGAUUCUCGUAGAAGAAGAAACUUUUGCAAAUUCUCAACGAUCCUCAAAAAGUCUCGAUUUUCAACAACAAGAAAUUCGACGUUCGUUGCAGUUACAUCAGAAACCACAAUUUCAGGCAAGUGACCGCUGCUCGUUCCCCAAUCAAUCAAAGAAGAGUCAAAAUCUUGAUUUAUCUUUAACUAAUGUUGAUAACAACAAGCAACGUUGUCAAAAUCAAAAAUCAGAAAAGUGCCAAAGUUUUGAAUAUGUUUCGCCAAAGGAAUCGACCCAGAACGGUCAACAGCACAAACAAUUUUCCUCGCGUGCUGAAGAAUCAUUGAAAUGCAAUAACGUGAAGAACAGCCAAUUACAAGAGCACAUUGAAGUGGUAAUACCAUCGGAGAAUGCGGCAGAACCUAGUGAGAUAGCUCAUCCUCCAGAAGGUGCAUCCGAGACAACAUCCUUAAACUCAUCGUGUACUUUUUCAAAUACAUCUUCUCCGGUGGAUGAUUCUAUCGUUCUUCGAGACACGGCUGCUAUACUUCAAGAAUUAGCUUUGCAAAGGUUAUCUGGAGGUAUUGUGGGAGAUUUAUCCCUCCCACCAAGAAGAAGAUACGAAGCGGAAAGUAACAAGGAUCGAAGAAGCUUUGAUUCUGAAAUCGGUAGGGAAAUUGUACGUGAGCGAAAAAUGAAGCAAGAAUUGGAUUCUGCUCGGGGAAAGUCGGAAGAACCACCGGUAAAUAAUACUCAACACUUGCCACCAUGUUUGAGAGCUCGUCACGCGAGGGCGACACGAGCAUCGCUCAGUCGAUCUUUAGACGAAGCAAAAUUCAAUAAGAUGACGGAGGAAGCAUCUUUACCAGUAAAACAGGUUACAGAGGACGCGCAGCACAGUUCUACGCCUAAUGUUGGAACAGGUUCGAACGCUACGUCGAGUAGUUCUGAUAAAACGCAUUUAAAGAAUCUUGGGUUAGAUCUUGGCGAUCCUCAGUGUAGAGAAAGGAUAGAAAAGUACAAAGAAGAAAGGAGGACAUUCUUAAGGGAUAAAUACAGAUCGGAAAGCUUUCGAGGAAUGUUAUCGAAGACGGAAGAUGAUGGGGAACAAGCGCUUUUGGCUAGGUUAAAGCAGAGAGCUUCUAGACCCUCCCUUCAUUGAUAUUAAAGUAAUAUUUAUGGAAAUGUUCUGUCAAGUUUUUCCUGCGUUGAAUAAACGGCUCUGCAAUCGCGUCGCAUGAUGAACUAUGAUAUAUACUAUUCCAGUGAUCUAUUCGUUGUACCGAUCAUCGCAUUUAACCCUUUGUUCUCAACGACGUUCAAAUUUUAUUGAGGUACGUUUAUUUCUUUUUGUUUUUUUUUAUUAUUAUUAUUAUUAUUUUUCUUUUACAUUCGAAUAGAUAUGAAUUAUUCGAAUUAGAUAUAAAAACGUGUAUUUUUUUCGUUUGAAUAAUUUCAUAUGAUAUUAAAAAAAAUGGAUAUCAGUAUUUUACGAUAUUUAUCGAAAAUGAUAGUUAAUCGACUUAUAUCGACUUGUAUCAACUAAAUCGAUUUAUAUCGACUAAAUCGAUUUGUAUCGACUAUCGUAAUUUUAAAUGGAAGACAUAUUGAUUCUAACGUCCAAUUUCAAGAAACAUACGUACGAUUGAUUUUUUAAGUGAUUAAAAACUUUUUGCUGUUUUUCCUUUUUUUUUAAGUAUUUAAUUAAUAUUUCAUUUAAUAUUUAUCUUUUUCUGCGUGUUAGAUUAAUCGAGUACAAAGGAUUAAAGUGUGAAAUUCAAUAAAAUUAAAUUAAAGAUGAGUGGUAUAACGAAAAAAGAAAAAGAUGGUCUGAUGAUUGAUGCUUUUAGAAAGAAAAUCGAUGGAAAAUGUUCGGUUUUUUAUCGCUGUUGUUAACAGAACAGUUCGAUGAUAUAAACUGUAUCUUUUAAUUUAUUAUAUAAACGAUAUUAUACAUAAAUAUUAUUAGAUUAUUUCUGUUAUUGUUACGAGUCGUGUAAGAAAUCAAUUUUUGUCAUUAUUGUUAUCGUUCCCAAAGAUGUCCCAUUUUAUUAAUGCUUUUCGCGCUGUUCUGUUAAUCGACUAUUAAUUUAAUCGAUAUGUACCAGAGUGUAUUGGGUUCGUGGACUGAUUUGUUAUCGACCCUUUGCACACGAAACUGCAUUUUUUAACGUGAGUUGAAGUAAGUAUGUAAGCUUGUUUGAUAAAUUUUACGCAAAGUUAAAUGUUUUCACGUACGAAUUUAUAUAUAAAUACUCCUCUUGUGAUGGUUGAAUUAGAAAUCUUCGAAUAAUUAUAUGUUCGUAACGCGUAGUGCUUUAUAAAUACAUGUUUUCUCAUAUUUUAUUGUCGUCCUGUUUGUUUGAGAAUAACGAAAAAAGAUGACAAAAAA